UCACAAAAAAAAAUUAAAAAAAAUUGAAUCUUGUUCUUCUAUGUGAGAGAGAGUCAGUGAUUGUGUGUGUGAGAGAGAAAGAGAGAUUGUGUUGUGUGUGUUCAUCACUUCAUCAUCGUCAACUGCGCCGCUAAAGGCGGAAGCCAAAGAAUCAGGCUAUUAGGAUUCUUUUGAUUGAAUAUUGAUUGUAUGUAUUAAGAUUUGAAAUCAUUCUUCUUAAAUCUUGUAUCUUGUUUUUGUUUUUGUAAUUUGUAUAGAUAUUAGAUAGAUCUGAAUGUCAGUGUAUAUAUGCUUAUCGAUCUAACAGAACUGAAGAAUGAAGAUGAGCUGCGGUGAACGAUUCUUCUUCUUCUUGUUCUUUCUUACUAGGGUUUAGUAUCUUGUAUGUAACGAUUGUACAAUGGGUUGCUUCUCUUGCUUGUUUACUCGGAGUAAAAAUGUAUCUGAUUAUGAUGAAGAAGAUAGUUCAAAGCGAGUAGCUGAAUCAUCAGGGAAGGGGAAAGGGAAUAGCGAAAAUGGUGGUAAGAGUUUAAUGAAUAAUAAAGGGAAGUAUGGUGGAGAAGGAGAUGAAAAGAGUAGAGUUGCACGAAGUUUCACAUUUCGCGAGCUUGCUAACGCGACGAAGAACUUUAGGGUUGUUAAUCUGAUUGGGGAAGGUGGUUUUGGUAGGGUUUAUAAAGGAAGACUUGAAUCAUCAGGGCAGAUGAUUGCAGUUAAGCAACUUAAUCCAGAUGGUCUUCAAGGAAACCAGGAAUUCAUUGUUGAAAUUCUUAUGUUGAGUCUUCUUCAUCAUUCGAAUUUAGUCACUUUACUUGGAUACUGCACUGAUGGUGAUCAGAAGCUUUUGGUUUAUGAAUACAUGGCUAUGGGUAGCUUGGAAGAUCAUCUCUAUGAUCUUGGUAAUGGUACUAAAGAACAUCUUAAUUGGUUGACAAGAAUAAAGAUUGCUGUUGGUGCGGCAAAGGGACUCGAGUAUCUCCAUUGUAAAGCGAAUCCACCUGUUAUUUACCGCGAUCUUAAAUCUGCGAAUAUAUUGUUGGAUGGGGAUUUCAAUCCGAAGUUAUCUGAUUUUGGACUUGCUAAAUUGGGUCCGGUUGGUGACAACACUCAUGUCUCAACCCGAGUGAUGGGAACUUAUGGAUACUGUGCUCCGGAGUAUGCAAUGAGUGGAAAACUGACUCUCAAGUCCGAUAUCUAUAGCUUUGGUGUGGUUCUAUUGGAGCUGAUCACGGGUCGAAAGGCAAUUGAUGCCACUAAGAAACAAGGAGAGCAAAACCUUGUCGCCUGGUCGCGUCCAUUCUUAAAGGACAAGAAGAAGUUUGCGAUGAUGGUGGAUCCUCUUCUUGAAGGAAACUUUCAUCAGCGCAGCUUUCAUCACACAGUUGCGAUAACUGCAAUGUGUCUUCAAGACGAACCAAACUUCCGCCCUUUAAUAAGUGAUAUUGUUGUAGCUCUCGAGUAUGUUGCAAACCAAACAAACAAAUCAGAAUCCCACAAGUCUUCUUCCCGCACUCACCACCACCAAGGAGCAUCACCAUCUCAUUCAAAAUCCAAUUCUUACUCCAGGCAUUCCCCGAGUUCUUGAAAGUUCAUGACUGGUUUGAAGAUGAUGCAUACAACAACGAUCAAGCAAGAGUUAACCUAGUGGAUGGAUGGAUGGAUGGAUUAAGUGAAGCAACAAAUAGUUUACAAUGUGUAUGUAUAUACAUACAUCUUGCUUUGGUUUGGGCACUAUUAUUUGUGAUUAUUUUGAAUGUUAAAGGUAAUGUAGAGUUUUUUUUUUUUACUUCUUACAUAUAUAUUAGUAAUGAGGCACUUUUGAGUUGUGAAAAUGAAGAAUUUUUUACUUUGGUUUUGGAUAAAAAAAUAAAUUGGACUUAUGAUA